UAGACAAAUAGGAAACCGUUUCGAUAUCCAAUUGUGUCAUACAAAAUCAAUGAACACUGAUAGAGGAAAAUGGUUGCUUUGAUAUAUUGAAAUUGGAGAUCGAAGCCGCUCAGACGCCUGCCAUCUUUCCUAGUGUACAAGAAUGUAGAGCUGGGAUGGAGAACAUUCUCAAAAAUCACUUCGGGGAUGAAAUUAUAGAAUUGCUUUUUGAUCGAUACUCGAAGAACAAAAAUAUUGCAGGAAGUGCUUCUCUUUUUGCUGAUGAUGGCCUGGCUGUUGGGUUCUUCGUUCUUGUCAAGCGCAAAUAUCUUUGAUUAGCAACCUAGUAAAACCUACUUUAUAAGUAAUUUUAUAGGAUGGAAGAACCAAUCAAAGAUCCUAAAUAAAAGUGAUGGCUUUGUUUAGCCUGCCUAUCCUAAGGUGAACAUACAAAAAACCAGAGCUUAGAGCUGGCAUGGAGAGAGCAUUCGUUACUCAAAGAAAAUUGCUGAGGUUUGUCCUUCACUUCAUGGUAAAGUCAGACAGCCCCUACCCUAACAACAGAAUAUGGAACCAAAUGGCGGCUGAAUUUCACCUUGGCUUCAAGAAAUACUACCAACUGGGCUGCUCAAAAUUCCUGUUAACUUGAUUGCUUGCUUUUCAUAUUCAAUUAAUCGAAUGGAUCUCUGUUCUUGUCUUUAAAAAGAAACAGAUCAAUGAAUAAGGACAACAAGUUCGCCUAUUUUCAUUGGUUUUUACUUCUCGUAAUUAAUUUGGGUUUUUUACGUUGUUUGUCUAGUAAUAGUACCCAGAACCCCCAAAAAACAGAGAGAAACAGAGAGAGAUGGCUCCCGCAGAGGAAAGCACUAAAUUUGAAGCAUAUCCAAUGAAAAGUGGAGAUGGCCCCAACAGCUAUGCCAAGAACUCCACUUACCAGAGAGGAAUCGUUGACAUUGCCAAAGAAAUUCUACACAAGGAAAUUGCAGAAAGGCUUGACAUAGAGAUCUUUUUGUCUUCCAACACCUUUCACAUUGCAGAUUUGGGUUGCUCUGUUGGGCCCAGUACAUUUUUUGCGGUUCAAAACAUACUCGAAGCUGUGGAACUCAAAUCUCAAAGCCAGGGAUUGAAUUCUCAGAUAUCUGAAUUUCAAGUUUUCUUCAACGAUCAUACCCCGAAUGAUUUUAACAUGCUCUUCAAAUCCCUCCCUCAAAACAGGCGAUACUAUGCUGCGGGUGUCCCUGGUUCUUUCUAUGGCCGCCUAUUUCCUAAAGCUUCUAUUCACUUUUUUCACGCUUCUUUUUGCCUUCAUUGGCUUUCUAGAGCACCAAAAGAGGUAUCGGAUAAAAACUCUUCAGCAUGGAAUAAAGGACGAAUCCAUUACCUAAAUUCCAGAGAGGAAGUAGUAGAGGCUUAUGAAGCUCAACAUGGUGAGGACAUGGAGUGCUUCCUGCAUGCCAGGGCACAAGAGAUUGUGUGUGGAGGAUUGAUGCUACUUAUCGUUCCUGGCCUCCCUCAUGGAGCCUCUCAUUCUCAUACUGAGGCAAAGGGAUCCCAUGAAGUAGUAGGAUCUUGCCUCAUGGACAUGGCCAGAAAGGGGAUAGUUAGUUAGUGAAGAGAAAGUAGAUUCGUUUAACGUACCAAUAUAUUACAUGUCUCCUCAAGAAUUGGAAGCUGCUGUAGAACGAAAUGGAUGCUUUAGCAUAGAGAGAAUGGAGACCUUGCCUCACAUCUUGCCACAAGGCACUGCCUCUGGCGCCCAACUAGUUACAUCUCACAUUAGAGCUGCCGUUGAGAGACUCAUCAAGCAGCACUUUGGAGAUGAAAUCUUAGAUGAGCUCUUUGACUUGUGCCGUAAGAAAUUUGAAGAGCAACCCUCCAUGUAUGAGUCAGGGAUGCCGGUUAAUUUUCUUGCUGUGCUUAAACGCAAGGCAACCUGAUUGUUAUGGUGUGUUUGGUGUUUGUGAAGCUAUAGUUAAACUUUCUUGAGCUUCCUAUCUUGUUAUGUGACUGAUUAAGGUGGCAUGUAAAAUCGCAGUUAAUUAUAUAUUUGUAAUAAGUUGAGCUUCGUAUAAUAACAGUGUGAAAAUAAAGCUCAUUUUAGAUGGGCUCUUUGACCUGUAUAGUAAGAAACUUGAUGAUCAACCACCACUUCCUUUAAUUACUAUACCUCUUUACCUACCACUUCCCUUUCACUCUCAGUCGCACAAUGCUUUUAGCUACUAGCAAGUUUUCAAGGUCCCUCGAGCUUUCCCUUUCAUUACCUUUUCUUACAUUUAUUAUUUAUUAAUAUCUGAGUUUUUUCUUUGCUUUUGCUUUUAUUUUUUGUUAGAUUCGUCAGGUUCUUCAUGCAGAGAGGCCCUGCUCAACUCAAAUGGUUUUCGUUUUAUUUUCUUUUGGCUGUUGGAUGUGUUUGUUCUUUACUUUUUGGUUACUAGUAUUCCUACAAUAAUUUGGACGGGAUAGCAUGGUUUUCAGA